AUGUCGUUUGGAAGUGGUGGCUUCGGUGGCUUCGGCCAAAACAACAACCAGCAACAGGCCUCUGCUUUUGGCACCUUCGGCCAGAAUAACAAUACCAACACAGGCUUCGGUGCUGCUGCAAACACAGGCGGAGGCUUUGGCUCCAACACCGGCGGUGGCGUCUUUGGUACCAAUACCAAUACUGGCGGUGGCUUCGGCAGCGGAGGCGGCUUCGGUACGAACAACAAUACCGGUGGUGCCUUUGGCAGCAAGCCCGCCUUUGGCGCUCCUGCGACGACGACUGGGAACUCCAUGUUUGGCGGCACGACUGCCCAGAAUUCUACGACCAGUGCGUUCGGGGGGUUUGGCGCCACCAACACCGCCAACACAACCUCGGGCUUUGGCGCCAAUAACAACACCUCAGGUGGUUUGUUUGGCGGCAGCAAACCUACAGGCUUUGGCACCACGACUACCGGCAAUUCUCUCUUUGGCGGCGGCGCCAACAACACCACCACGACUGGUGGUUUCGGUGCCGCCUCAGGCUUCGGAGCAAGCAAUGCUGUAGCCAGCGGUGACCCCCCGGGUACUGCAGUCGCCCCUUUCCAAGCUUUCACCGAGAAAGAUGGCUCUACAGCGACUGCAGCAUCCAACGCCUUCCAAAAUAUUUGUUUCCAGGAUCCUUACAAGAAGUGGUCUCCCGAAGAGCUUCGACUGGUCGACUACCUACAAGGCCGAAAACAUGGGAACGCCAGCGGGACGGGCGCGUUCGGCGUUUCCUCUGGGUUUGGCGGCGCGUUCGGCGCGACGAACAACAACAAUCAGACGGGCGGCGCCUUUGGUUCCAAUACCGCCAACACUACGACCGGCAGUGGCCUUUUUGGUAACACUAACAACACCAAUACAGGAGGCGCUUUUGGCUCCGGAGGAACCAAUGCUUUCGGAGCCGCCGCCGCCAACGCUAACACUGGCGGCGGCUUGUUCGGCAACGCGGCGAAGCCUGCUACCGGUACUGGCAUGUUUGGUAACACCGCUGCGCAGACUCAGACCGGCAGUAGUCUUUUUGGGGGCGCCAAUCCCAAUACCACGAGCGGGUUCGGUACAAACAACAAUGCCAGUAACACAUUUGGAGCCCCUGCGAACAACACCGGAGGUGGUAUUUUCGGCAAUACAAACCAGAACAAGCCUGCUGGAACCGGUUUCAGCUUCGGCCAGAAUGCCACCAGCAAUAAUGCCGGCUCAGCCUUUGGCGGUGGCAAUACGGCCAGCCCCUUUGGGGCCGCAAACACCGCAAACACUGGCGGCGGUCUCUUUGGUAGCAGCAAUACCAAUACCCAGCAAGCGUCCGGUGGUCUUUUCGGAAAUACCAACAAUACACAACAACAACAACAACAACAGGGCAACACCGCCUCCCCCUUUGGUGGUUUUGGCCAACAAAACCAAACGCAGCAGUCUGGUGGCAGCCUUUUCGCAAACCAGAACAAGCCCGCGACAGGUGGACUCUUUGGCAGUGGCGCUGCGACUACCACCAACAAUUCCGGUGGCGGUCUCUUUGGCAAUGCCGCCAAUACUACCCAGCAAGCUGGCUCUGCAUUUGGACAGAACACCUCUGGAGGUCUGUUCGGAGCCGCAAAGCCUGCUAGCGGCGGUGGCCUCUUCGGAGCCAGCACCAAUGCCCAGACCAACACCGGUGCUGGUGGCCUCUUCGGCAAUGCUGGCAAUAACGCCCAGCAGAACACAUCUGGCAGUCUCUUCGGUGCCGCAAACAGCAACCAGCAGAAGCCUAGCGGUCUUUUCGGCUCCUCGACGCAAGCCACUAGUGGCAGCGUAUUUGGCACACAGAACAAUCAAGCGCAGGGUUCGUCGCUCUUCGGCGCAGCCAACAAUCAGCAGAACCAGCAAGGCUCAGCCUUUGGUGGAUCCCUGCUUGGCAAUUCUCAGCAAAAUGUUAAUGCUCCCCAGGGCCUCACUGCCAACCUAAACGACGUUUCUGCUUACGGCACGCCAGCUCUUUUCUCCAAUCUUGGUGGAAACGAAUCCCCCAACCCCGGACCUCUUGCCACGCCGCUCAACGGCAACUCUAAGCCUCGCCGGAGCUCUAUUCUUCCUAUGUACAAGCUUGCCCCAGCUUCCGCUUCUCGCUUCGCCACUCCCCAGAAGCGCGGCUUUGGCUUCUCCUAUAGCAGCUAUGGUACUCCCGGAGGCAGCCCUGCUAGCCUCUCUAGCACACCAAGCGGUCUUGGACGCAGUCUCCUUGGAUCUAGCUCUAGCGGAAGCCUGAGCAAGAGCAUGUCGACGAAUAACCUGCGGCGCACCUUCAAUAGUGAGGAUAGUAUCCUCGCUCCAGGUGCAUUCUCUUCGAGCUCCAAUACCCGCUGGUAUGGAAGCACUGGAUCCAAGAAACUUGUAAUCAAUCGCGAGAUCCGCAGCGAUCUGUUCACCACCCCCCAGAAGGAUAAGUCUGUGGCCGAAGGCAACGGCACUGGUCGCAAGCUUCUGAAGCGUGUCAGCUUCGACACGAGCAAUGUUGACUCGGAGGAGACCACGACGCCGGUCCGCACUCUUCCAGCGCCAUCCAACGACAGCCCCGGCACAGAAGUGGACGAUACCCCUCGCCAGCCUAAGCCUAUCACCAAUGGUGCCAAGUCGCCUGAGAUGGAACAGGUCUCCAGUGGCAAGGAGCUUGCCGUUGUGCAAGAGGACAGUAAUGCCACUGCUAAUGUUGCUUCUGAGAACACCCUAAGCAACGGUUUUGAUAAUCUGCCUGGCCAGUACUGGAUGAAACCGAGCAAGGAGGAGCUGCAAGCUAUGAAUCGCAUUCAACGACAGAAGGUUGAUGCAUUCACAGUCAGUCGUGACAAUGUCGGUGAAAUCAGGUUCAAGGUUCCGGUCGAUCUGAGCAGCAUAGAUUUGGACGAGAUUUGCGGUGGCAUCAUCCAGCUAGAACCACGCUCCGCGACAGUCUAUCCUAUCGCGGCCAAGAAGCCUCCCAUGGGCAAGGGCCUCAAUGUUCCCGCCAGAAUCUCUCUGGAGCAAUCUUGGCCUCGUGGCGGGCGUGAGAAGCGUGUCACAAGCGAUCCCAGACGGUUUAAUAAGCACAUUGAGCGCCUGCAACGCAUUCCCGAUACUACUUUCGAAAGCUACGACAAGGACAGCGGUGUCUGGGCCUUCUCUGUUGAGCACUUUACGACCUAUGGCUUGGACGACUCUGACGACGAUGAAUCGGACGCUGAAAUUGAAACCUCACGUGAGAUGGCAGUUGAUGCAACUCCUCAAGCCAAGACCCGCGACGAAACGACUGAAGUGUUGAGCGAGCGCAGCAGACAACUUUUUCGCCGCAAGGCUGUACCUGGUGCCUUUGAUGAGCAUGAAGAUGUCUAUGAAGAUGAUAUGCCCCUAGAGCAGUCUUUUUUAGGGGUUAGCUCCGCGGAUUCUGCGCCCAAUGAAGUCAGGCUGUCUCUAGAAAUGGAAGACGUUGCUGACAUGGACGAAGAAUAUGACGAGUCCGAUGACGAAGACAUGGCGAGAGCUUUAGUCGGACCGCAUCACGCCGCGGAGCUCCUCGAAGCCUCGCCGGAGGAUGAGCAGGAUGCCAAGAGAGGAAUCCCAGGCGGCAUCCUUCGAGCCCGAAUGCGAGCCAUCAAGGACUCAGCUGGUCCUGUUCGGCUCGAGGUGCCUGAUGGCGAUGACUGGACGGAGAUGUUACGAAAGACUGUUAGCCCGAUGAAGCGUGACAGACAGGAGCUUCGAGAAUUGAAUGAAUCGCCGUCGAAGAAUGCUAGUGGCGAGCAGGACGACAACCUCAUCGGCUCUGUUUGGGGACGACGCAGCAUGGGCCGCCCAGACAAGAAUGAGAACUUAGUAGCAAACGCGGCAUUGGAUAAGAGUCGCGGGUUUGCCACCAGUAUCGACUUGAUGAACUCAUUGUUUGAGAAGCCCAAGCCUAUCCGCGAAAGUGUGCGCGUUUCUCGCCCAGGAAUUGGAUUCCCCCAGUGGCCAUAUAACCGACACGACAAGUCCUUCGACGCGGAUGAGAAAGAACUUGCCUCUCAGCGGACUCCAAGAGUCACCUGGGGACCAGACGAAACGAUAGUCGUCACUCAACCGCACGAGAAGCUCCAGUUACGGCGACUUCUCCGCGAUGAUGUUGAUAUUCUGAGCGUCCAAAAAACCAGCAUCCAAAGCGAGAAGCAGAGUAUUUGCCUGGCCAAGUUUUCUAACCAGUCAUCCACGAAGUUCUUGCACUCUCAGGAUCGGCUGACCGACGUCCACAUGCUUGGCGGAGCACCUUUCGCUGUGCUGCGUCCGACUGGCCUCAAGGACAUUUUCAAUCAUCAGGAUAUGACCGACCCUGCUGUUCUGCAAGAACAACAGGUGUGGGAGCUUGCCAACAUCCUCUUUGGCCAUGAAUCUACCCCCAACAUGCCUGUGCACAUGGCGCGUAGGAAGAAGCUCGCUGCGUUUUGGACCGAGCUUGUCGAACAAGCCUCAUCUGCAGCCAUCGCCAAAGCUGUCUCGAGCGAAGAAAAGGCAGUCACUUGUCUUGCUGGUCAUCGUAUCACAGAGGCUUGCAAGUACCUUUUGGAAGGAAGAAACUUUUGUGUUAGUACUCUAGUGUCUUUGAUUGAUACUAGCGACUCAGCCAAAAAAGAGAUGAAGGAACAGCUCAAAUCCUGGCAAGACUCCAAGAUGCUGUCUGAAUUCCCGGAAGCCAUCCGAACAAUCUACGAGAUACUAAGUGGCAACGUGUCAGUUUGUGAGGGUCUAAAGGACGUGCCAGUCGAGGAUCGCAUGGACUCCUUUGUCAUUUCGAAAAAGUUUAGCCUUGACUGGAGACAGGCCUUUGGUAUGCGGCUGUGGUAUGCGCUGAACAAGGACGAGGACGCUCGGUCUGCGGUUAAGAAGUUCAAAGAUGAUAUUUACCAGGACAAGGAGGACCUCCCAGAGCCGUGGUACGUGGAGCAGGGCGUUACAACUAUCUGGUUUGAUGCAGACUCCGGCAGGCGCCAGAAUCUUCUCUGGGGCUUGCUUCAAUUGUACGCUGAGCCGGACACGGAUCUAGAGGCCAUCCUUCGACCCGAAAACUCUCAGUUGUCACCUCUCGAUGUCCGCCUCACCUGGCAACUCGGACAGGCUCUUUUGGCAACCGGCAACAUCGCAUAUGGAGAGCACGACAUCAUUAAAGCUGAUGCUGCAACUGUUGCUUAUGCGGCUCAGCUGACCAGUGCUAGCGAAUGGUUAGAGGCCACCUUCGUCCUGCUGCAUCUCCGUGACGCGGGCGCUCGCAAGCAAGCUCUCCAGGAGCACAUUUGUCGCCAUGCUGACCGCAUCGGCGCUGAGAACGGACCCAACUUCACUACGCUUACCGAGAAGCUCCUGAUUCCUGCUAGCUGGAUCUGGGAAGCUCUUGCGCUGUUCAUGCGCAGUGUGAGGAAGGAUGCCUCCGGCGAGGUGCAGUGUCUGCUCCGCGCCGGCUCAUAUGAGGAAGCGCACCGUGUUUUGGUGAACCAGGUGGCUCCGCAGGCUAUCGUGGAGCGUAACUAUGCCGGUCUAUCGGAGCUCAUCUCGCAGUUCAAGGGCCGCCAGGAUAGCAUAUCGCAAUGGUCCCUUGGGGGUGAAAUAUAUGGCUACUUCCUCAAUUUGAUGCAGCACCGCAGCAAGAAUGAGAGCGUACCGUCUACGCUACUUGAAAGGUUGCUCGUUGGACUGAACUCCAUGAGAGAGAGCGGUCCCGACAGGGAAAUUCUACGAUAUGCCGCGGUUUCGGACAUGGCUGACGAAACGGCAAGGGAAAUUCUCAAGAUGGCCCAGAAGAAGCAGGAUAUGGAUCUGCGGUCAAGAAUCUUGCGACUGCCGCUGACACAGGACCGACUUCUUGCCUAUUCUGUCGACCUAGGUCUCGAUAGGUAUCGCGAGGUCAUGUCUCACUGA